AUGACCACUCAAGAAAAGCCUGCCCUGGGUGGGCAAGGGGAGUCACCGCAAUACGGAGACGAAAAACACCACCAUUCAAUCGAACCAGAUCAGCCUUCACACGCCAUGUUCAGAAAUCCGACAAAAUCAGACGAUGACCCAAGCGGUCUUGAAAACGGAACCCCAGCCGACUUUAGUGAAGAGACCACUGAAGCCGGCGAUGGGGAUGACUCUGGCCCUGAUUGCACCUCUUUUGAAGUCUCUUGGGAUGGAGAAAAGGAUCCAAUGAACCCGAGAAACAUGUCCGUGUUUCACAAGUGGGUUAUCGUCACAAUUGUGUGUACUUCGAGUCUUUGCGUGACAUGCGCCAGCUCAAUUUACACGGCAACAUACGCCCAGAUGAAUGCCGAGUUUCACGUUUCCAAAAUUGUCGCUACGCUUGGUCUUUCAACCUUUGUCAUGGGAAUUGCCCUUGGUCCUCUGCUGACGAGUCCACUGAGCGAGUACUAUGGACGACGACCUAUUUACCUUGUGUCCUGGGCCAUGUUCACCAUUUGGACCAUCCCUUCAGCCGUUGCUCAAAACAUCGAGACCAUGAUCAUCGUUCGAUUCUUUGCUGGUUUUGCGGGCAGCACGUUUCUGUCCGUUGCUGGAGGAACUGUGGGAGACGUUUUCCUUCGCAGUGAGAUCCAGAAGCCCAUGAGUCUGGUCUCACUGGCACCCUUCAUCGGGCCUGCUAUUGGCCCUGCCAUUGGUGGCUUCAUCAACUACAACACGGACUGGAGAUGGACCUGGUACGUGAUGAUUAUUUGGGCUGUUGUCCUCAUGCUGUCCAUCAUCUUCUUUGCGCCCGAGACAUACCAUCCUAUUCUAUUGCGAGCAAAGGCUCGAAAGUUGAGAAAAGAAACCGGAAAUGAUGCCUACCGUGCACCUAUGGAAAACACAACAAAAUCCAUCAGGACAACACUCAAGCUGUCCCUCCUACGACCCUUCCAGCUACUUUUCCUCGAACCGAUGUGUCUCUGCCUGGACCUCUACUCUGCCAUCCUGCUCGGUAUCCUCUACCUAUUCUUCGGCGCCUUCCCCUUGGUAUUCCGAACAAACUAUGGCAUGAACCUCUGGCAGGCCGGUCUUACCUGGCUUGGUAUCAUGGUUGGGCUUCUUAUUGCAGCCGGCAGCACCCCAAUCUGGGCCAACAUCCGUGCCAAACUUUUGAAGCAACACGAGAAGGAGACAGGACAGAUUGGAGGCAGCGAGCCCGAGUUUCGACUACCCCCUGCCAUCUUGGGUGCUAUACUCAUCCCCUGUGGUCUGUUUUGGUUCGCUUGGACGACGUACUCUAGCAUUCACUGGAUCGUGCCCAUCAUUGGCUCCGCUGUAUUUGGUUGCGGAACAUUGCUUGUCUUCACAGGAAUCUUUACCUUUCUGGUCGACGCCUAUCCAAAGUACGCCGCCUCUGCCCUUGCCGCCAACAGCUUUGCGCGAUGUUCCUUCGCUGCUGCGUUUCCCCUCUUCGGCAUUCAAAUGUACGAGAAACUCGGAUUUCAGUGGGCUUCAAGCUUGCUAGCCUUCUUGACUGUUGCCAUGGCACCCUUCCCAUACCUGUUCUUCAAGCACGGCAAGGCUCUACGGGCAAAGAGCAAGUUUGCUGUUGAGACGCUAUAA